AUGUGGCGUCUCCAUCGGAGCCUCAGCGACCGCGACGCGAUGACGCUCCUGGUCCACGGUCCCGAGUUCCGCUCCGGCGAGCUCCUUGUCCUCAAUCCCGACGUCUUCCCUGACGUGGAGGAGCACGAUUUGGUCGAGAUCGUGCAGUCCGAGCGCCGCCACCCGCAGCUCGUGCUGUCGGUCGAGUCCCUCGCCCCCGUCCGUGGCAAAGUCCAAGUGAGUAUCGCACGGGACAUUGCCGCCCAGUUCGGCCUUGAACCGUUCCGGGGCGUGAGUGUGCGACGUGUGCAGACGCAGCGGGACGUGGUCGUGGCCUUUGUCGAGUUGAGUUUCAAGGACCAAUUCCUAUCAAGAGCUGACGUGUGGCGGUUCAAAGUCACGAUGCUCGGCCACUGUGUCUACGUCGGCCGGACGGUCGAGUGCAUUGGCAUCCGGGGACAAGUGGACGCGAUCUUAAGUCCCAGUAAAACUCACGUCCUUUGUGGCGUCAUUGGGGACGCGACCAAAAUCGUUGUCCGGUCGAGGUCCAGUCGACUCUUCUGGCUCGUGCAAAUGAGCACCGAGAUGUGGGAAGUUGCGCCAGAGGACGGACAAGUGUAUUACGAAAAGAUGCUCCAUGACUUCUUGAGUGUACAGAGUCGCAAGUGGACCGAGAGCUCUGUGAGCCACUCGGUCACGAUCAUGACGUUUUGUAGGACGUUUUACGACGUGGACCAGUUUCCUGAUGGAUUUGAUCCUACACGAGCGCCGUUUGUUGACCCUCGACGACAAGGCGUUGGGCCUGGAUGUGGUGCGCCAGGUGUCCAUGUUGCUCAGGGAUAUGGUCCUACGAUCCACGUUGACCCGAUCUCGGGUCGGUACUAUGAGGAUUUCUACAAGGUGGUUGUGAUGAAUUUUACGGGACCGGAUUGGAGUCGGCUGCUGUUGCUUCUCAAGAAGGAGUUUGCAACGUACUACGAGAUACAUCGGUGGCGCACGCCAGAAGAGAAAUCUCCUGCACAUUAUGAAAUCUGUCGGUGUCCAAAACAAGCAAACGUUGUGGACAGAGCAGCAGCAGCAGCAACCACAUUGAAUACUGGAGACAGAGAGUGUGCAGACAGUGAAGACGUCUACGUAAAAUGGAUAAAGCUGCCUUGUGGAGUUCCGUCGCGAGCCAAGGACGGCAAUAUCUUGGAAGCUAUUAACGUGACAUUGAAUGUGCUGGACAAACAUUAUAUGGAUCGCGACCUUUGUCGCACCGGACAGGGUGUCGUCAUGAUAACAGCCGGAUGCAGCAUUUUCAACGUAGACAGUAAGCUUGCCGAGAUCACUGAGCAGCGCAUGAUGGACAGCGGUGUUGGCAUGGACAUGAUUUCGUUGUCUACGCCACCGUUGCACGUGGUUCCGUUGUUCAUCUACCGCGACGGGUUACUUGAAAAGGCAGCAACAGCCAACACUUGGACACCAAGUUCUUUGCACAAACUUUCUUUUCAUAAAGUCCUAGGCGAAGAACUGAUGUCUUUUGAGGCUGGGUCGCCCUCCCAUGGCAUACCCAGCUUGCACUCAUCUUCCCUACCUAAGACAUCCGAGUGGGCGCAAGCUGGCAGCGACGUUCUGCGUCGAACGCUCAAGUCAGCAGCACGCACCACUGCCACGGCAGACCGAUCCGAAGACUCAGGAGAGAAGCUGACGUAUGAUGUCCCGCAUUGGGUGAAUCUCACAUUCUUAGAGUUUAGUUGUAGCUGUGAACAAGCAAGCCACAACUACGGCUCAGCUCAGCCGCCGGCCACACCAAACUCAAAUCAGCACGUGCCACACGAAAAGCAAGGAGGCCGUGCCUGGCAUUCAUCCUCGUGCAAAACCAAGCGCAACGAGCGCUUCCACCCGUUGCCAUCAUUUCGGAUGUUCGACAUCACUUCGCCAUCGGAGAAGCUGGUUUUUCCGGCUAUGUUGCGGAACUUGAUGCGCGGAAAAUCGAAAGAUGGGCCUAGCAGUGGCAGUGUCACUACACCCACUAGUGUUCAGCGCGAUGAAGAGGCUGACUGGUCGAAUGACAGCGUGAAUAGAGGAGUCUCCGUUUUUGCCAACGCGAUCGCGCCAAUUAAGAGUCUAGGCAAUCAGCGCCAGCUUUCAUGCACGACAACCAAGCUUCUCGACCCGAUAGCGUCAACACCUCCGUUGGAACAAUUGCAGCUUAGUCGGUCUCCGGAUUUUGACCCCGUUCUUGCCUCAAGCCAGUUGUGUACUAAUCUGAGUGGCAGACUCCACAUGCGAGCGGCAUUGACAGCUUACGAUGAGAACGUAUUCUCGUCAGUGGCGCGGGACAGUGGAUUUGCUGCUGAUCGACACUUCCGUGAUCGACGGCUUGGUUUUGCCACCCCGGGAAUCAAUGAAGAACACGACGAUGUCACCAGCGUCACUUUUGCCAACGAUGGUCGUCUCGAGCGGUUUCUUCGUGAUGUGAGAAAGGAAGCUGAGCAGCGCAGUAGUACUGGCAACAUGGGCAGCUUUCGAAAAGGCAAAAGCGUGCUUUCCGAUGAUGAUGACAGUGUGGUCCAGACGCUAUUAUUGCCACGAAAGCUUUCGAAUAAUGCGAUCACGGUCGGUCGAGCAGACCGCAGCGUUGCGACAGCACCCCGUAUACUCUCAAAGGACGACACAAGUCUCACAUGCUCGCUUGCAGUGCCGCUUGCUAAUUCUAUCGACCGCAGUCGGUACGGUAUGCCAUUGGAAAAGAGAGGCAAAGACUGUCGACCUACUGCACACGCUGCAGCCAAGGUGAACGAUCUACAGUCAAUGUUCGGUCCCUCACCUGCUAUCUCAUCGCCACCAGGAUCAGAUGGCUUCAUCGGUAGGUCAAGGAGCAAUCUGCGACAAUUCAGCAACACAGGUUCACCUCUAGGUUUGCGUAGGAACCAAUCCGACUUUUUCAAAGCACCGCUUGUGCCUGGAAGCUUGAGCUUCAAGGCAUUACUGGGAACGCAACCUGCUCACACUCCUGUUGGCGAACGAAAAGCAAUCAUUAACCCAUUUUCUUACGCCAAGGCUCACGGGUACAAACGUCUAUCGAGCGACCGACAGCGCUGGAGUCACCUUUUUCCAACGUCAAGCCAUGGGACCCAUUGUACAGUGGACAACACAUUUUCAGAAGCGGUGGUGCACGAUGACGAACCGAUGUUCGUUGGGCCAAACUGGACAAGUCUCACGUCUCCAGCCAUACUUCCGUUGACGACCGAUCACUUUCCAUCUCCACAAGAGCUGCGUCAAGGCUACUCUGAAGCAUUUUACACGCUGACUCUACCCACGACGGCAAUACAGGCGCCCACGGUCGAAUGCGUGCCGCGCUAUCGCAAUCAUGACGAAUUGCUGACCGAGAUGAUUUGCCAGCGACUAGCUUGUGAUUUUCAGCUGGUUUCAAGCUAUGAAUCGCCUUCGUCAAUAGUAGGUAAUGAAUCGCGUCCGGAGAGUCGGCAAAGGGUCUUUCAUUUGAGUAUGGGGCACCGUAUCCACCAGCUCAUUUACGACGCAGAGCGGCAAACCGUCGAGGUAAAGAGGUUCGUCCAACGUGAGCCACAUGACCUGAAAGUUGCCUACACUUCGUACACUUAUUCGCUAUGGGUCGGGCUAACUCAAUUAUUUCAGCCUCACCAGCAGCUGUUCCACCGCUAUCCGCAACCGGAGGAUAACUGGAACGCGCUGGACAAUUUGCUCUGUGGCUACCUUGACGACAUGGCAGAUGGAACAAAAUGUCGCCGAGUCCGAUUUGCAAUUGUACCACCAGUCUGUGCAAAGUCAGUUGGUGACGGUGAUCUUCUGACAUUAUAUGCAUCGAAUUUCACCAAGUUCAUUGUGUACCUGCAAUCUCGCGUCGCUCCUUCGGAAUUUGGUGAUCACGAGCACAUCGAUAUCAGGAUGGUGUUGAACCGUCCUGGCGAUACAGAGGAAACCGAAAAAGCCGUGCCGCUUACUGAAAGUCGCAUGCUAAGUUUUAAAAUGGCGUGUAAAGUGUCAACUUCGACUGCGUCACCGUCAUCCGCCCCGAAAAAGAAACUCAAAGACUCUCGGACGGAAUGGGUUGUGAUGCGUCUGGAAGAAACAAUGGACGUCUCGCGGUGUUAUCACCUGGAUGUGCGUUGGUUAGCAUGCAGUGGAGUUGCUGCGGACGAUUUUGUAGGAACUAUACGGCGUCGAGCCAAGCAAGUGGGCUUGGACUUACGUCGUGUGCCAGAGUACUCAAGUGUCUCGCGCGUGCAGAUUCACCCGCUAAUAGCUUCCGUUUUUCUGCCUCUUCCUGUCAAGGUACUGGAAUCUUUUGCUGUCGUGUUGACCCGGACGCUAGGUUUCGUGCUCGAUGACGAACGAAUUGCGGACGGGACAGGAAUCGGCUACGGCCUCAGCAUCGGGAAUGAGCCAACAGCUGCCAAACCGAGGGUCAGCACGCGACGCCAUCGCCGUUCGGCUUCAACCACCGCCCGUUUACUUCUCGAGAGUUGGCGACAACGUGGGUACAAGCAGCUGAUGCACCGAAAUGUGCCAGUGUUUGUGCGGAUCAUUCACGACGGACUCAUCUGGAUUCCAGGCUACGACUAUGACCGGAAAGCUGAUGGUGCUGUUAGUUCGACUGCUGUUGAGACGUUGUUCCGAGAAGUUUGCACCACAAUCGAGUCGCAAUGUGCAGAUUGUCUAGGGCACGUCUGA